AUGGGCAGCCGAAGGGCGCUGAGCAGCAGUGUGUACAAGGGGGCCUCACCUUACGGCUCCCUCAACAACAUCGCAGAUGGCCUCAGCUCCCUCACCGAGCACUUCUCCGACCUGACCCUCACGUCUGAGAGCCGCAAGCCUAGCAAGCGGCCCCCACCCAACUACCUGUGCCACCUGUGCUUUAACAAAGGCCACUACAUCAAGGACUGCCCCCAGGCACGCCCCAAAGGCGAGGGUCUGACCCCAUACCAGGGCAAAAAGCGCUGCUUUGGCGAGUACAAGUGUCCCAAGUGCAAGAGAAAAUGGAUGAGUGGGAAUUCCUGGGCCAACAUGGGGCAGGAGUGCAUCAAGUGCCACAUCAACGUGUACCCACACAAGCAGAGACCCCUGGAGAAGCCUGAUGGUCUGGACGUGUCCGACCAGAGCAAGGAGCACCCCCAGCACCUCUGCGAGAAGUGCAAGGUGCUGGGCUACUACUGCCGCCGAGUGCAAUGACCUGGCCUGCCGCCUGCCGUCCCCGCGGCCACCCUCCUGCCAGCCAGAGAAGACACCACCUCCCCUGUGUUUCUCCACGUUGCUGCGUGUCCCCGUGUGCAUGGGGCUACCCUCGCAGGCUCGCAGGUCUGGGCAGGGGCAGGCCUAAGUUCUUGUCUCAUGUGUGUUGACAAACAGUGUUACUAACGCAGCUGUCCCAGGGAAAGCUGGGUCUCUGGGACUCCCUGCUGGUGGGCCUGGGGUCUGUGGGAGGGGACAGGGCUGAGCAGAGGUCAAGGCAGAGGACCCCACAAAGCCCUUGGUGUUCCCCUCAGACUCUCCUGCUCUGAGACUCCCUUUGGGGUAAGCAGCCUUAUAUUGGCCACAAGUGCACUAAAUUUACUGUGAAUCCCAAAGCCUGCAGGGGACUGUCUCCCCAACACUAGGCAGGCUGCCUUUUCCCACCCCAUCACCUUCCAGUUUGCCCUGUGUGCAAAGCCACUCUCGGAAAGCCCCAUUUUUUUGUCCUGUUUAAGUCAGUGAUCAUGGGGAGCUGACACCUGUUCUAGCAGCUGCUGGGGAGCAGGCAUCUCUGCCCCAUGCCCGCUUUGAGCCCCAAACCUGAUGUCACCAGCAUUGCACCUGGGUGCCACACACACACACCCUUCCCUUCCCCCUUCCCCACCAAUAGAUCUAGAGAUGGGGGCACUGAAUGUUGGGCAGUGUUCCCAGGGGCGACUUGAGACACAAAAGGCAACACCUUCCCUCCUCCAACACACAUUUAUUUCCCCGUGGAUUUUGUCAACCACAUUCCCUUCCCUUCUUUGCCUGCCACCCACACUGGGGGACCACCCCUUGAUGGAGGUUGCAGGGCCCAGUGAGGAAGCCACUCUGGCAGGAAGGACACAGGCCUGGCAGUCUGGAGACCUAGGUGCAAAUGCUGGCCCUGCUGCUGACACACUACAUAACCCUGGGAAGGAUGUCUCAUCCCUGGGCCUCAGUUACCCCAUGGGCUAAGUGAGCGAGUGAUUCCAGAGAGCCGAGAGGCCCACCUCAGUUCUGAUACUCUGGGAUCCAGCCUGGCUGAGCACAACCUCCUGAGCAGAGAACUUUAUUGGGAGAGUUUCACCAGGUUUCUUACUGCACACCAUCACUAUCAGUCACUUAAGAAGUCAAGCUGAGGGAUGCGAGUCCUCCGUGUCACCCCCUACACCCCCAGCCCUGCCUGCUGUCCCCUAACCCUGGCAAAAUGAAAGGGAGGGCUCCCACUUCCUCCUCACAUGGGGCAACCCCGAGACAAGCUACAGAACCUCUUGUUUGUAAGAUGCGGACAACGAUUUCCCACCUCCCAAGGGGGCAGGGAGGCUUCUGGGCGCAACACCCCGCUCAGGGAGACCGCAGUCCUGCCUAGCAGGAGGGCUGUGCUCCCUGCCCCCACCUCACCGCAGGGGCCCUGUUUUCACUGUCACGCCACCCUUCCUCUCUCCCAGGGAGCCAGAGCGAGCCGUCUCUCAGGACGGGGCCCCUGCUUGUGCCCUGACAUUACGCCUCUGUGGAAAAAAGUCAGACCAUGAAACGGCCUGAAAUUCAGUGUUUACCACGGCUCUAGGACACCCAACCAGUGCCCAGUCGCCUUUUGUUUUCAAAUGAAAAUGCUUUGUACAACUGAGGAGUUACAGUGAAGUGCUAACUGGGGUCCGGGAGUGAUGAAGGUGAAGAGAGGAGUGAGUGUGUUGGCAGCUGGAGGGCUGCAAGGCGGACUUCAGGGCCUGCCCUCUGAGCACUUAAAGAGAGUCUGUGCCCGGCCUGAGCCUCCAGCUGCCCCCCUGCCACCCACAGGGGCAGAAUGCUCUGCAACCACUGUGAACACCUGCCCCGCCCUCUGGCUAAGCCGCUGCGGACUCUCCCAGCAGUUCCUGCUUUCUCCACAGCGUCAGGGUGAGCUGGCGUCCCCUAGCCAAAGCUCUCUGUCCCCGAGGAGAAGCUGUUACUGUCCGUCAUCCCCACGCACUGCUGAAGAUAACGUUGGCAGUGGUAGGUCAUGUGCUGGUCUCUGCUGCAAGAACCAGGCCUUGGCCCCUUCAGGGACCCAGCUCCACAUAAGGACCAUGGCCCCUAAGUGGACUUUCCAACUGUGCUGCAAUGGGGGGGAGCCCACACCCUACAAAGAUCCCAGGCAGCAGACGCCUGGAGGCCAGAGCCUUCCACAGGCCAAUAGGAGAUGGGAUAUCACCCCAAAGUGACCUUUUCAGUGGGCUUGUCCACCUGGCAGCCAUUGCUCCUGCCAUCUGUGCAGAGCCAGCCACCUUGGGGGCUGGGCCCUCUUGCCAAAGGCGGCCCCUCUCCACUCCCUCUCCUGCACUACUCUGGCUGAAGUGGGGAGCUUUCUGUGGUCAGUAAAAGCCACUGCUGUCCAGGCCAGGUGCUGUGAGAAUUAAGUGCUCAGAGGGCCUGGGAGUCCAGGGGACAAGAAAGUGUGUGGUUUUAGUAACGUUCAAAAGGGACAAUCGCUCGCAGUUAGAUCUAGUGAUCUAGUCAGAAGAUAAUGGUGUUUACCCCAUAUGAAGUAUUUGAUAGUUCUACUCGUGAAUUUGUAUUUAUUUUGAGUUAUACUUGACACAGAAUUCCUUUUUUUUUUUUAAAGAAAAAUACUAUGUGUGUAUUUUGAAAAAAAUUCAUAGAUGUUAAAACUUCUGCAUAGUUACCAAUUUUUCUCACAACACUGAAUUUGUUACCUUCUCCCGAAAAAUCUUCACGAUGAGUUUUGUCUGUAUAUAUUUGAGGGCCUUUUUUUACAAAAAGAAAAAGAAAAGAAAAAUAUAAUUGCUGGGUUUCUGAGAUUAUAAAGAACAAACAAAAAGAGAGGUAUUUUCAAAACUUCGUAGCUUUCACCAGGGCAAUAGAAUAUCAAAAGAUUUCUGGAAGUAUUUUGCAAACCGUCUGGUUGAGCUGCAAGGGAAUAUUUAUGGUAAAAACUUUUCUCUUUUUCCUAUUGUUAGUCUUUUUCUUUUUCUUUUUUUUACUAUGCUUUGAUCUGUAAAAAGUAUGCAACUGAAUUACAUUAAGAAGGAAAUAUUGUCUACAUAGAAUAUUAUAUGAAGUUGGUACAUAAUUCUGAUGAGGAAAAAAAUCUUUGCAAUUCUUUAAGCCAUAUUGUUGUUAUUCUGUGUUGUUUUCCUUGGAUGAAAAUAUCAGUAUUAAGUAGCCAGCAUAAUAUUCAAGUACUUAGUAUUCAAGUAUUAAUAUGUUCCUGUCGUGUAUUUAUACAUAUGUGUAUUUUGCAGACUGUUGCCUCUUUUAAGGGAAGCUAGUAUUAGAUAUGUAGUGAAAAAGGGAAUGUGAGCCCUUUGAGCUUCUUCAGCUGAGGAUAACAAACACAGCGUUGGGAAUCCAUUCUCUCGCACUUUCUUGUUAUUAUCUUGUUAAUUAUGGUUAUUAAUUUUGUAGAAGGGUGGGCAGGGAGUUGGCUGGGGGAAGAAGGGGCCAGUGCCUAACUAGCCCCUCCACGGGCAGCCAGCCCCAGAGACAGCCUCCGCAGCUGGGCAGAGGGGUCCCGGUCCACAGGGCCCCAGAGGCAAGAGGAAGGGGGAGGCGGACUUCUCCGCACCCUUCGUGGAGCUUUGCCAUCUGAGCCAGGCCUCAGGGCCCCAUGCUCUUUGAGCUUGGAUUUGUCAGCCAGAGUCCUUACACCUGCCCUCCAAUAUCUAACAGACUUGAAUCUACCCUAAAUGAAUAUUUAAUCCAGCAUCACUACAUUGUAGCCCAGUGCGACAACUAACCCUGAAGUCUGGGAGGCAGUCCAGCCUUCAGGGAGGUGGCUGAGCCGUCCCCGGGAACUGGUGGCAGCUGGGCCCAUCGCUCUCUGCUGCCGGCCUCACUGUUCAACCUCCUCCACUUCCUGUAGUGACCCCAUCCAUGUCUGUAUCUGUUAAUACAUGUGUGUCCAGCUAAAAAGACAAACAGAACCCGUGGGCCCAGCCUGGAGGGUCUUGGAGAAAGCUCCCCACCUCUCCGAAGGGCCGCCCUCGGGAUGGCAUUCCGUUGUGUGCCUUAUUCCUGGAGAAUCUGUAUACGGCCUGCCUAUAGAAGUAUAGCCUUUUCGUGCUGUAUUAAAAAGACUUGUGAAAACAA